UUCUUUCUCUAGCUCCCUGGCGAAGUUAACCCCCACACGCGAGGAGUCAUCGGAGCGCUCGGCCUCAGUUUCCUCACCAUGCCGAAAGGGAGGCGGGCCAAUCCAAACACCACCCGAGAUGGUAUCUGGUUCAAACAGUGUGGACACCUGCAAAUAUAUCCAGAAUCUCUUACAGCUACAAUGCAAAAGCAGAUAUUUAAUAUAGAUCCCAAUUGUCAAACUGAAAAAAAUGUGCCACUGGUGUACAAAGAACGUGAGAAAAAACCAGUAAAUACAUUUCCAUUUUCAAUCCAUGACAAUAGACAUUGUUUAUUGUCUAUGGGAGAGUAUUUAGAUUCUGGACUAGGAGUAAGAAAAUUUCAAGAUAAGCGUCAACACUAUUCUCAAAACUACUAUUUUUUGGCCCAUGAACAAAUUCCUAGCAGCAAUGCCUACCAUUCUGUUUAUCAGACUUCAUUUGUCCAAUAUCCAGAUAUUAAACAUUCCAUUCUAGGUCGGUAUCCUAAAAACCAUAUUGAUAAAUGCAUUGCUCUACAUUCUGCACCUAAGAAUGAUUACAUGUGGUUUUCAAAACAUUACACUGGUUCUAAUCAUAUAGCUCCUACAGAGGCUACUAAAAGCUCAGAACCUGAAAAACAUUCAGCGGCUGAAGAAGAAAUAAAAUAAAUCUUCAGGUUUUCAUAAUAGUAAAGCAUAUUUCAUGUAGGACUUAAAAAUGUUUUUUAAAGAAA